UAAAUAUUUACCCAGUAACCACCUCAUGGGUCCGUAAUCUCACCAGUAUCGGUGGCAGGCAGGGUACCGCCUGCCAGCGUUGCAAGUGGGUAGAAGUGACUGUGGUGUGGACAUAUGCUGCAAUAGUAGUGAAAGAGUUUUUGGAUAGCAUAAGUAGUUACCGGUGUACACUGCAUAGGAGCACCAUGGAUUUGCUGCAGGACUCUCGGUGGACAAUGCAGGGCCUCAACAGCCGUCUGAAGGGCUUCCUGGAGCAGGUAAACAAGCUGCAAGAGGCAAACUGGCAUCUGGAUGGCCAGAUUGCAUACUGGGGCCUAAAGAAUGCCCCGCACCUCCAGGAAUGGACCCAGCAGGAAAGGACUGUGGACGAUCUCCGUGCCCAGGUUGGUAAACUGCUGAUUGAGAAUGCAGAGCUGGUGCUGCAGUCUGACCACAUGAUGUCCAGGGCUUCUACCAUCCAGGCCAGAUGUGAGUUGGAAGAGUGGCAGACCAAGUGUCUGGAGCAACAGGUGGCUCUGCUGAGGGAGAACAAGGCAAGGGUGGAGCAUACCAAUGUGCAGCUGGAGGCGGAUCUACACAACUCCAUGACAGAGCUGCAGGACAUGCACCAGGACUAUGUGGCAGCCCGUGCUCUGCAGCAGCAGCAGGCCGACUCCUGCGAUGCUCUGCUAGUGACGGCCACAGCGUGGGAGGAGGAUGGCACAGGGAUGGAGCUCUCCCAGCUCCUCGACCGAAUCGGGACGCAGUGCGACCGCCUCAGCCUCACCGGCCUAAAUCAAAUCCCAGAUGACCGACACCCUGGCCUGGCCGCCGGCCCAAAUCAAACUCCAUGCUCCGCUGCCGGGCCGAGCCGUUUCGGAGCCAGACUCAGACCCCGAGCCCAUGGAGGGUCUCUCCCACAGCUCAAUGCAGAAGAGGCAGCAUGGGCCCAGGUGAACCUCGGAGGGACUGCCCUGAGGGAGGCGCGGGCAGAGCUAGCCGAGGCCAGGAAACAGUGGCACUGCCUGCAGGUGGAGAUCGAGUCCCUACAUGCUCUGGAGAAAGGUCUAGAGAGUUCCCUCCACCACACCAAGUGUCAAUACUCCAGCCAGCUGCAGGGCCUGUCAGAGGUCAUCCAAGGCCUGGAGGGCGAGCUGGAGCAGGUGAGGGGCGGCCUGGCCACGCAGCAAGAGCGCCACGGUCAGCUGCUCAAUACCAAGAUGAGGCUGGAGAAAGAGAUCGCCACCUACAGACGCCUGCUGGAGCGAGAGGAGGGCAGGUACCCAGGUGGGCGUAACGGACAGGUCAUGGGGCUGCGGCGCUGGAGGGGCCCCAAAAGAGAGCCAGACCCAAUAGGGGAGGGGCCUAAAGAGAAUGACGUGGAGGAGAACGGCCUCAGUGACCCCGCGGUGACCCCUGAGGAGCCACUGUCCGAGCCCCUGCCUGAGAGACCUCAGCGGUGGUCUGUGACAGAGAACGGCCUGAGGAAGAGCCCUGCACUAACUCUGCAUAGGCAACAGAGCCUGGUCAUCCUUACAGAGCCAGAGAGAGACAAUGAUCUGAGGAUUUCCACAGUGAAGACCCAGGAGAUCCUCCAAGGCAACGUGGUGAGGGAGAGUGCAGAGGGCACUGGCACCGUGGAGACAGACAGGAUCGACAAGGUGAUUAAGCAGUGGGAGGGCUCCUUUUUCAAGGGGAACCCCAAGCUGCGGAAGAAGUCGGUGUCGCUACGAUUCGACCUGCACAUGGCGGCGGCGGAUGAGGGCUGCGCCCAGACCAAGCAGGACAGCCUGCCUGACGUGGAGGUCCGCCUGGUGAUGAAGAGGUCCCGCAGUAUCCCCACCAUCGCGGCAAAUGUCGAGGCAACAGUAUAGUCGAGGCAACAGUAUACCUAUCAUUGAUAGGUGAUAUCAUCAUUGAAUUGACUCCCUCAUAAAUGUUGUGAUCUGGCAACAGCAUCCCUAACCUUGACUGUGAUAUCACCAUGAGAUCAGCAUUGCUUCCCAUUGAACUAGGUUGAAGAUGGGAAGGUUAAGACAAUGAAGUAAUUCCAUGCGGAAGCUUUCGAAAAUAUGUGACCGACCAGCUCCAUUAAUAACUAUUAGCGCCAUUGCUAACUAGCAAUGCUGGUUUUAUGAAUGGCAAAGAGUUAUGAAAUAUUAUAAACUGGGUGGUUCAAGACCUGAAUGCUGAUUGGCUGACAGCUGUGGUAUAUCAGACCAUACACCACGGCUAUGACAAAACAUUUGUUUUUACUGCUCUAAUUAUGUUGGCAACCAGUUUAUAAUAUAAAUAAGGCACCUCAGGAUUUGUGGUAUAUUGGCCAUACACCACACCUCCUCGGGCCUUAUUGCUUCAUUAGAAUCCUCUUGUAUUAACCUGUAUAUUUUGAACCUAGCCAUUGACCCGAGUGGUAUUGUCAUGUCAUCAAAGUUCCUGCAACUCCACUAUCACCCACAAUCAUCAUUGUGACAUCAGCAUUACCAGCAGCCAUUUUGCAACCUCCAUGACCAAACCAUCCUGGUGACAUCCACACAAAACCACAUACAUGAGGGGUUAAUGUGUGAUUCAGAAAAGUGAAUGUCAUUAAUUUGAUAUAUCAGCAUUUCUCAAUCAUGUAUAAAAGUAGAAAGUCAUAUUGCCUACUUGUGAUUUUGCCAUCAAGACAAAUGUGAAAACAUGCCAUGCUCAAGAGAUUUCCCCUGUGGUCAAUAAUACAUCAUACCAGUAUAUAAUACUCACUGUUGUCACCACAUUUAACAAAUGUAUAAUCCAACCAUCCCUCAGUAACAACUAACAAUUUAUACAGGUGGUGAAAAAUAUAAACAUGGAAAAAGGCGGAACCAUCAGAGUUGUAUGUGGCAUUCUACUGUGGGCUAUUUAAGGGUGGUUAUUUUCUUCUCAAUCUGCUGUGUGUAAAAUGCUAAUGGUUUUGCUAUGCUGUCAUGGAUCAACCCAGCACUGAGAGUUCGCCUACGGCUGAAAACAGCUUUUUCCUUAUAAUGCUGUAAGUUAACUGUAGUCUAUAUAUUAUCUAUAUAUGGACAAUAUGGCCACAAUCAAAACAAAGCAACAAAGAUAGAAAUGUACAGUAAAAAAAAGAAGAAGCUAUUUAUUUCCCCCACACUGCUCACUGUGACCCGAAAUUGCAGUGAGGCUUCUUCCUGGAGAGCAACCCUCCUGUAGGUUUUCGUUUCAACCCCAGUUGUAACUAACCUGAUUCAGUUUAUCAACCAGAUAAUUAUUAGAAUCAGGUGCGCUAGAAUAGGAUAGGCGCUAAAACCUACAGGACGGUAGAGCCCUGUUCUAAUCUAACCCUGCCACUUGUAUCGCAGAGAUAUACCCUGGUUUAGCCAGCAGGGACCGGUAUUUGUAAAUAGUUGCUCUACAGUAUCCUGAAUGCUUUAUUUUUGGUAUUGUUGUGUCGUAUGCAUAAUAUCUAUAUGACUGAUUACGCUCUAUAUGACAAUAUCUUUAUUUUAUUUUGAUGCUAUCUUUUUGAGUUGGCACCAAAUAUAUUACGCGAAAAUAAUACCAUUGUGCAUUGCAGUUGGGUCCCUCCUGUGUACAAAUGUUAAAAACAAUGUUCUAUGCAGUUCUUCAUGCGCUUGAUUUGCUCUGCUUCGUGGAGUACUUGGGACUAAAUUUUCUUUUCGUUUUUGGAGCUCUUUAGAAUGAAUAAUUAUGCUUUUAUCUAACAAUGUAUUCAUUUAAAUAAAACACCAAAAACGCUG